GCGGGGUCCCGGGGGCGCCAUGGCGGGGGCUCCGCCCCAGAAGCGCUUCUACCGGCAGCGGGCUCACUCCAACCCCCUGGCGGACCACACGCUGCGCUAUCCCACAAAACCUGAGGAAAUGAACUGGGCUGAGUACUACCCUGAGUUCUUCGCCCCAUUGACCAAAGAUGACCGUCACGAUGACCCGAAGGACUCCGAGGAGAGAGCGAAGCCCGCGGUGCAUGUUGAAUUUGCUGAUAUUGGCUGCGGUUAUGGGGGCUUGUUGGUCGAGUUGUCACCCCUCUUCCCCAACACCUUAAUGCUGGGCCUGGAGAUCCGAGUGAAGGUCUCGGAUUACGUCCGUGACCGGAUCCAGUCUCUGAGAGCAUCUCAUCCUGGGCAGUACCAGAACAUCGCCUGUAUCCGCAGCAAUGCCAUGAAGCACCUACCCAACUUCUUUCACAAGGGGCAGCUGGCCAAGAUGUUCUUCCUUUUCCCGGACCCGCACUUUAAGAAGACCAAGCACAAGUGGCGGAUCAUCAGCUCUACGCUGCUGGCUGAAUACGCCUAUGUCCUGCGCGUUGGGGGCCUGGUGUAUACCAUCACCGACGUGGAAGAGGUGCAUGAGUGGAUGGUUGGGCACUUCAGUGGGCACCCGCUUUUCGUCCAGGUGCCCUUGGAGGACUUGGGCAGCGACCCUAUCGUGGGGCGCCUGGGGACCUCCACCGAGGAGGGAAAGAAAGUCCAACGGAACGGUGGCAAGACCUUCCCUGCUGUCUUCCAGCGCAUCGAAGCCGAAGCCCUGCAGGAGGCACUGGGCACAGAGCCGUGCCGGAGGGCUCCGGACACAUGACUGUGGACCGGAGAGACGAAUUGUCACGGACCGCAUCCUGCAGCCGUGCAGCAUUCCGGGGAGGCCUGUGCCCCUCACCUGGUGCUGCCGGGGCAGAAAGGCUGGUGGCCUGGCCUGGAUCAUGAUGCCAGCGACAGCCCUCGAUGCCGUGAAUACAGGGAGGCUGGUGCCUCUCCUAACGAGAAACGCAUAAGGAGUGUCCCAAGCAUCCCCUUAGCCUUGCCUGGUGCUGCUGCUGCCCAUGAACUCCCGGAGCCAUUGCUUUUACUUCUGAGACUGUGCCGGGCAGGGGCCGGCUGCAGCUUCACUCACGUUUGAUUUCUGAAUAAAGCGUAAACUCCCA